UUUUCCUGGCGGACCCCAUGAGAGUGGAUAGAAUAAUUGUAGUUGAGAAUAACAGAACUGCACGAGCUGGAGAACCGUAUGGUAGUAUGUAUCACAAGUGGGUGUCUUUCAAGGGAAAUUAUUUGAAACUCACCAGUCAAUGGCAGAAGCCGUUUUCCAGGCUCCGAAGAGGCGCCUGAAGGUCUAUGAGUCCUACCUGGCCCCCUUCCCUAUUCACACAUCUUCUGAUGAAGGAAAGACGAAAGUGCACAAGGUAUACAGAGCAGAACUCUUCAAUCAGCACGUCAUCGUGACAGAUCCAGAAGAUAUUGAGGCUCUUUAUGCGAGGGGUUUUUUUGGAAAGGGAAUCCUGUCACGAAGUAGACCAGACUAUAGCAUCUCUGACAGAUGGCACAAUGAUGGCCUUACACAUAUGCCUGUCAUUUCAUCAGCUAAGUACCAGCUGCACUUGAGUUGGGUGAGACAAAUCCUGUACUCGCAGGGAAUAGAUGAAGAAGCUGUAGAAAAAAUUCUUGAAAGGUAUACAGAGAUUGGCCCUCUGACAAGUGCUGAAGGGGUUUUAACCCUUAAUGAUCAGUCUGAGGAACUAAACUCCUUAACAGCAAUGGAUGAACAUAAUAUGGAUGGCACGGUCUCAAAAAAUUGCAAACAUUCACCUUCAGAAUUAGAGCAACAGCCAAGCAGUCCACAUCGAAAGAAGCCACGACGUCAAGGAGAUCCUAAAUAUGACCCUCUAGCUGAAAUGUAUGCUCAAGAGCCCGAGCCAAUAGACCAAGAUGCUUUAUCUAAAGUAAAAUGUGAAAGGCAUGAUGAUUUUUUGGUGCACUGUGGCUGCCAUCUGCAGGAACAAGUACUUACUGAGUUGACCACCAUAUCUGAACCAAGUGUGAGGCCAGCCUUCUCAAAUAAAUAUGAAUAUGUGCUAGUGAAGCAAGGUGAAGAUGUUGGCAAGCAGGUAGACCUCUCACAAAAUAAGAAUUCACCAAGACUGGUAUGUAAGAUUAACCCUUAUCGGGUUAUUGAAUACCUUCAGCUAAGUUUGGAAGAGGCAUUUUUCUUGGUCUAUGCAUUGGGAUGUCUGUCUGUAUACUUCAAUAAGGAACCACUGACAAUCCUUAAACUUUGGGAAGUUUUUAGUGAUGCAGACCCAAACUUCAGACCUAAAUAUAUGGUAUACCACCACUUUCGCAGCAAAGGUUGGGUGCCAAAGCCCGGGAUGAAGUAUGGAACCGACUUCUUACUGUACAGGAAGGGGCCACCAUUUUACCAUGCAAGCUAUUCUGUGGUGGUGGAGAUGGCAGACAGCAAUUCCCAAGGCUCAGUCCUCCGACCUUUCUGCUGGAGGUCCCUUGCAGCAUUAGGCCGGAUCACACUAAAUGUCUCUAAGGAGCUGAUGCUUUGUUAUGUGAUCAGACCAGCAGAUUUGACAGAGGAAGCAAUGUCAUCUCCUGAAUGCAUGAGGCACAUUAAAAUUCAGGAGGUCAUUGUUAGCCGCUGGGUAUCUUCACGUGAAAGGACAGAGCAUGAAGAGCUACAACUUUAGCUGCUGUUUUUUCACUGUUCAUGCCAAUGUCAAGGAUUCAUCCUUCUGCUUUUAAAAAUAAAGGUCAUAUUUUCCA